CGACUGACGCUGAACCAAUCUGCUUCGCCACUUCUCUCAUUCCACCAUGGCCGCCAGGGAGGAGGACGCGGCUCUCGACGACCUCGAAGGUGGUGACCAUGUCCCACUCAAUCCUUCCGGAUACGCAAACGGCGAAUAUGGAGAAUCCGCUUCCGCUCCUUCGUCAAAGCCCGGACGAUCAAUCUAUGCCCUCACACGACAGGAAAUAACCAGAGGGAUCGCGAACCGUUUCGUGCAUUCACGAAUAUACAUCUUGCUCUACCUCGCCAUGGCGGCGCUCUCUAUCACCACAGUCGUCCUCAGUCUGAAAGAUGGCUGUCCGACGCUUGCAUUUUAUAUUCUUGAGGUUAUAAUCAAUACAGCUAUGAUUGCUGAAGUCGUUGUGAGGUUCCUCGCUCUGGGCUCGGUGCGUAUCACUCUGAAUAUUCUCCAUGGUCUGCUCCACAGAACGCUGACGGAUGUGUUGCUGCGCGCUUGUUGGACUUUGAUGAACAAUUGCAUGGAACUUGGGGCGUCCACUUUAUUAUGGUAUUGGGUUGUCCUCGAACCCGAACAGCAAUUCUGGAAAUACCCCUUCAAUAUCUUUGAUCUAAUCGUUACCACCUUCUGCGUCCUGACGCUACUCGUCAUCGUAUUCAAUGGAUGUGGCACGGCGAGUAAGGAGGAAGAAAUUCUUGAUACACUCUUGCUUGUGGCACGGAAUAUAUUACAAUUUGGACGAUUAGCUACUGUUGUACGACAAUCCGGCCAAUCCAUCUUCACCCGCCCAAAACCCAUCGACCUCACCGCCGCCCGUCGCGCAGGCUACAGCCUCGACAUGGACCUCGACCUUCCCGACGACGACGAAUCAGACGAACUCCGCGCUCCUCUCAAUCGUAACCCCGUACUCUUCGACUCUGACUCGCCUGGAGAAGAGCAGAGACCGUCGCAUUUGUCGGAGAUGCCGAGGGCGGUGCAGGCGGUUAAGGAUAGGGACGAGGAGGAUGUUUGGGCUGAGAUUGGUUGAGUAUGGGGGUUGAGAAGAAAGUUUAUGAUAUGAUAGGUGAUGGAUGGUGGACGGUGGAGGACGGAAGGUGGAAGGUUGUGUAUCUAGUGGUUCGGAUGCCGUUUUGGACUCUCGCGUUUGGUUGCGGACUGUGCGUAUAGUACUAGCUCGUAUUUGACAUUCGUACUUCUUGGUUUCAUUCUAUCUAUGUGUACCUCACCUC